GAAGGAGUCAUAUGAUCAAUAUGGAAGAAGGCGUGUGAGCUGUUGUGUACCGAACCCUGUUAAACAGGGUCAAGAAAGCCUUGCGCUGUUUCUUCGUCUGCAGCUUUGGCCAGGGAUAUGAGGAGGAGCGAUCUGACUGUCCGCUGGAGUUCUCUGCUGUAAUCCCACCGCAGAGUGACCUUGCCUUUGAAACACUCACCAGGGCAUGAAGGAGCAUUGCGGCAUGUACACGGGCUGGCCGUAAUCAACCCAGUAGGUACAGGCGUGUGAGGGGGUGGUGGGGUGGCGUUUCAGUGGUCGUUUGUCGGUGUCCUCUUCUGCAUCGGAUUUACCCCUUGUCGGCCAUGGUGGACUUCCUGGCGGAGAACAACCUCUGUGGACAAGCAAUUCUGCAGAUCGUGUCCCGCGGUAACGCCAUAAUUGCAGAACUUUUGAGACUGUCCGAGUUCGUUCCGAGUGUUUUCAGACUCCGAGACAAAGCCGAGCAGCAGAAAUAUGGAGACAUUAUUUGUGACUUUAGUUACUUUAAGGGCCCAGAGGACUUUGAAAGCAAGUUGGAAUCAAAACCAGAACUACAAGACUUAGAUGAGGAAUUCCGUGAUAAUCACAUUGAAAUAUUGACAAGAUUCUACCUUGCUUUUGAAAGCGUUCACAAAUAUGUAUUUGAUUUGAACAGAUUUCUUGAGGAUCUCAAUGAAGGUGUCUACAUUCAGCAGACCCUUGAAACAGUACUGCUAAAUGAAGAUGGAAAACAACUUCUUUGUGAAGCCUUGUACUUGUAUGGAGUCAUGCUGCUUGUGAUCGACCAGAAAAUAGAAGGAGAGGUGAGAGAAAGGAUGCUGGUUUCCUACUACCGAUACAGUGCUGCACGUUCAUCUUCUGAUUCUAAUUUGGAUGACAUUUGCAAACUGCUACGUAGUACAGGAUACUCCUCCCUGCUGGGCUCAAAAAAACCCCCAAACUACCCAGAGAGUUAUUUCCAAAGGGUACCGAUUAGCAAGACAUUCAUCUCAAUGGUUGUUGGCCGGUUACGCUCGGAUGACAUUUAUAAUCAGGUUUCGGCGUACCCAUUGCCAGAACACCGCAGCACAGCUUUGGCUACUCAAGCUGCUAUGCUUUACGUGAUCCUCUACUUCGAGCCGCCCACUCUUCACACACAGCAAGCUAAAAUGAGAGAGAUUGUGGAUAAAUACUUUCCAGAUAACUGGGUAAUAAGUAUUUACAUGGGGAUCACUGUCAAUCUGAUUGAAGCUUGGGAACCGUACAAAGCAGCAAAGACAGCUUUGCAUUACACACUGGAGCAGGCAAACAUCAGGGAACAGGCUAGUCGAUAUGGUAUGAGUGUUGACAGCCUGCGCCAGCAAGUGCAGCAGUUUCUAAAGGAAGGCUUCUUGAGAGAAGAUUAUGUGCUGGAUCACAUUCCUAAACUACUCAACUGCCUGAGGGAUUGUAAUGUGACCAUUCGCUGGCUGAUGCUCCACACUGCAGAUUUGGUGUAUGACCCAAACAACAAACGUCUGCGGCAGAUUAAGGAUCAAGUUUUAACUGACUCAAAGUACAACCCAAAAACACUCUUCCAGCUAUUGUUAGACAGCGCCCAGUUUGAGUUUGUUUUGAAGGAGAUGUUCAAGCAAAUGCUGUCUGAGAAACAAGCCAAGUGGGAAAGCUAUCAGAAGGAGGGCUCUGAGCGAAUGACUGAGCUGGCCGAGGUGUUCUCUGGAGUGAAGCCUCUUACCAGAGUGGAGAAAAAUGAAAAUCUGCAGGCUUGGUUUCAAGAGAUCUCCAAGCAGAUUGCUUCUUUGAACUAUGAAGAUUCAACUGCAGCAGGGAGGAAGACUGUGCAGCUAAUCCAAGCUUUGGAGGAGGUUCAAGAGUUCCACCAACUGGAAAGUAAUUUGCAGAUCUGUCAGUUUCUGGCGGAUACUCGCAGAUUUCUCCAUCAGAUGAUUCGCACCAUCAACAUUAAGGAAGAGGUUCUCAUCACCAUGCAGAUCAUUGGGGACUUGUCAUACGCCUGGCAGCUUAUUGACAGUUACACGUCUAUCAUGCAAGAAGGUAUUCGGGCUAGUCCUUUCAUGGUAACCAAGCUCAAAGCAACAUUUUUAAAGUUGGCAUCAGGUCUUGAUCUUCCUUUGAUGCGUAUAAAUCAGGCCAACAGUCCUGACCUUCUAAGUGUGUCCCAGUAUUACUCUGGAGAGCUAGUUGCCUAUGUUAGAAAGGUCUUGCAGAUUAUUCCAGAGAGCAUGUUUCGAUCCUUGGCAAAGAUUAUCAAGCUCCAGACACACAACAUUAUGGAAGUACCAACCCGACUAGAUAAAGACAAGCUGAAGGAUUAUGCCCAGCUGGAUGCCAGAUAUGAGGUUGCCAGGCUUACUCAUGCAAUAUCAAUUUUCACUGAAGGCAUUCUCAUGAUGAAAACGACCCUUGUUGGCAUUAUCAAGGUGGAUCCGAAGCAACUGUUGGAAGAUGGAAUUCGGAAGGAAUUGGUCAGAAAGGUUGCCCUUGCUCUUCACAGAGGGCUGACAUUUAACCCGAAAGCUAAGACUAGUGAGCUGAUGCCCAAACUGAAAGAGAUGGCUGCCACAAUGGAUGGAUUCCACCGUUCAUUUGAAUACAUACAAGAUUAUGUCAGCAUAUAUGGGCUGAAGAUCUGGCAAGAAGAAGUGUCUCGUAUUAUCAACUACAAUGUGGAACAAGAGUGCAAUAAUUUCCUGAGGACAAAGAUUCUCGACUGGCAGAGCAUGUACCAAUCCACUCACAUCCCCAUCCCUAAAUAUCACCAGGCUGGAGAAUCGACUUUCAUUGGCCGUCUGUGUGGAGAAAUUCUGAGAAUUACUGAUCCCAAAAUAACAUGCUACAUCGACCAGAUAAACACUUGGUAUGACCUGAAGUCUCACCAGGAGGUGACCAACAAUCAGCUCUUCUCGGAAAUCCAGAAUUCCUUGGGCACAUUUGGGCUAAAUGGGCUGGACAGAUUGCUCUGUUUCAUGAUAGUCAAGGAGCUCCAGACUUUUUUGGACAUGCUUCACAGAAAUGUGCUGCGGGACAAGUCUGUUAUGGACACAAUCAAGCCCUUUCAGAAUCAGCUGAAUCCAAUCAAAGGAAUAGUGGCGAAUGCCAGUAAAGUGUACACUGCUGCAGUGGCAAAAACCCAGAAGGUUUGGUCAUCUUAUUUGGAUUCCAUACUGAAGGUGGGGCAGAUGCAGAUAUUGAGACAGCAGAUUGCCAAUGAACUGAGUUACUCGUGCAAGUUUGACUCUAAGCAUCUUGCUGCAGCAUUGGAAAACCUCAACCAAGCGCUGUUGGCUGACGUUGAAGCACAUUAUCAGGACCCAUCGUUACCGUAUCCUAAAGAUGAUAACACACUGUUGUAUGAAAUCACAGCCUACAUGGAGGCUGCAGGCAUUCACAACCCUCUCAGUAAGAUUUACAUUACCACGAAGAGACUGCCGUAUUUCCCAGUGGUGAAUUUACUGUUUCUAAUUUCUCAGUUACCAAAAGUGCAGUAUGUUAAGAGCCAAGGAAUGGUAUGUAGGAAAUCCACAGAUCCGAUAGACUGGCCGCCGCUGGUCGUUGGACUUGUCACCCUUCUGAAGCAGUUCCACUCGCGAUACACUGAGCAUUUUCUAGCCCUGAUAGGCCAGUUCGUUCGAUCUGUAGUGGAGCAGUGUACUACCAGUCAGAAGAUUCCCGAGAUGCCAGCUGAUGCUGUAGCUGCCCUGAUGUUCUUGGAAAAUUAUGUUUAUUAUACUAAACUACCCAGAAAGGUUGUGGAAGCACAUAUCCCUAGUUUCAUCUUUGAUGAGUUCAGGACAAUUCUAUAACGCUGCCUGGAAAGAAGAUACAACUCUGCAAAGAAGUGAAGUGGAGUAAAUACUAACAUCUGAAAUGCUGGAAUCUUUUUGUUAAUAAUCCUGUCUUGGUCAGUACUAAAGUACUAUAAGAGUGAAGUUCCUCUUGUAGAGAAUUUUAAUUAAAAGGUCUGAAUAUAAAAUUAAUUUUUGUACCUGCAUUGACUAGGUAAUAUUAUCUGCUGAACCCUCCAAGUAGAUAGGUACAGCUAUAGAACCUUUAUAACCCAAGUUUUGUUUCUAAUAACAUGUAAAAAAAAGGUUUAUUUGAAGUAUUAGCAAAAAUUUAAUGCUGUUAAUGUAUUGCAUUCUGGUGAAUUGUACAUUAUCAAAAUCUGUUUGAAAUAUUACUAUUUGUAUUUAAUUAAAGACUGGAACUUCAACAAAUUUGAAUGAGAUUACCUUGUUUAUAAAGUCCUGAUGAAGGGUC